GCGCCUCGUCGCGACAGCUUGCUCAAUCGUCGCCUGCACUUGAAUGGGCGGCGUCUGCGAGGUUCAGCGCUCAGCCUCUGUGCGUGCACAACCGUCGGAGGCCUCGACGACGUGUCGCUCCACCUCGGCUCGGCGUGCGCUAAUUAUGCAUCGCGCUGAGUUCUCCCGUCCUCGCUAGAACCCCCGGACUCUAUGCUGCCCCGUCAUGUAAUAUAUAAGACAGCUGCACGGUAGCCGUCGCUCUGCUCAGUUUCUCCUUUCUCGCACCACCCGGCAAUCCAACACACCACAACACGCCUGCCUCGAUCGACCGACCGUCGACAGGCUCCCCCCACUCCUUCAUCCGCUACACACUCGUUUAUACACUGACAAAAUCGAUUUCAUUCGUAUAUACCAUGCGUUACUCGGCCUCGCGCUCUGGCGCGGCUUUGCUCCUCGCUUUGCCUCUGCUCGCCGGUGCUGUGCCCCUCAGCGGCAUGAAUAUUCCCAUCCCAGCGGGCACGACCAUCCCGCUGAAUCGGCGCGCCUCGUUCUUGCUCGACGACGGGUCCGUCAACAUCCCCGCCCUCGCGCGCCACCUGAACUUUGCUGCCGCGAAGUUCCAGCGCGGGUUCAACGCCUUCGAGCGCAACACGGGUGCCGCGCACCCGCUCGCCUUUUUGGAGGACCUCUUCGGCCUCGCGCGGCGCGGCGCGGGCGGCGUCGCGCUCGCCGACCAGGGCGAGAUGCUUUGGACGGGGAAGAUCGCGCUCGGGACGCCGCCGCAGGAGUUCACGAUGGACUUCGACACGGGCAGCUCGGACCUGUUCGUGCCGGCGGCCGGGUGCGGCGGCAGCGCGGGCUGCGGCGGGCGCGCGGAGUACGACGCGGGGAAGAGCACGUCGGGGCGCGACCUCGGGAGAAACUUCACGCUGCGGUAUGGGGACGGGAGCACGGUGAAGGGGAAGCAGUACGCGGAGAGCGUCGCGAUCGCGGGUUUGUCUGCGGCGAAUCAGACGAUCGGCGCGGCGGACACGUAUUCGGCGGGGUUCACGAGCGGGAUGGACGGGCUCGUCGGGCUCGGGUUUAAGAGCAUCUCGGUGUACAACGCGCCGCCGCUGCUCGACACGCUCGUCGCGCAGGGCGCGGUCGACGCGCCCGUGUUCGGGUUCAAGCUCGCGCAGGAGGGCUCCGAGCUGUUCAUCGGCGGGACCAAUAAGACGCUGUACGCGGGCGAGCCGACGUACGUGGACGUCACGCACGAGGGAUACUGGCAGGUCGAGAUGGACCAGUUGGCGGUGAACGGGACGCAGGCCGUCGGGAAGACGGCGGCGAUCAUCGAUUCGGGCACGACGCUCCUCGUCGGGAACGAGCAGGACGUCGCCAAUUUCUACAAGAACGUCACCGGCGCGAAGCCCGUCGACGGGCAGCAGGGCCUGUGGUCCGUGCCGUGUGACGCCGUGCCGCAGGUGAGCCUCACGUUUGGCGGGAAGAAGGUCGAUAUCAGGCCAGAGACGUUCACGCUGGGGCCUGUGUCGAUGGGGUCGAGCGACUGUCUCGCGGGCAUCGCGUCUACGACCAGCAUGUGUGCGUCGUUCUGGAUCAUCGGGGACGUGUUCAUGCAGAACGUGUACACGAUCUUCGACAAGGGUGAGAGCCGCGUCGGGUUUGCGGACCUCGCGUGAGGGCUUUGGGGGUUUGCGAGCAUCGGAGGAUGAGAAGAGAACAGAGGGGGGGGGGGGGGGCGCCAGGCGGGCGCGGGGACUUGUGCAUUGCUACCGCGUCGUCGGUGGAUGGAAGGCUCCGGAAAGACGUUCGAUUUGUUGUUCUGUGUCGUCUGCGCUCUCACACUAACCCACAUUCACGUACGCGGAACUUGCUCAUUGCUAAUGCGUGCGCCGCGCCUCGGCUACUUUACAGGCUUGCUUCGCUGUCAUAUAUACUAUAUUAUCAUCGUAUCCAAUCACAUCGC